GAUGUUUCUUAACAGAUGCUAGUGACAGUGAUGGUUCUCACGACACUUCAUGCAACAACAAGGCUGAUCCUCUUCCUACGAAAAACUAUGAACUUGCAACACACACCGUCAAAGUGCGUCGGACCGGCACUCUGGCUGAUGUAAUGGCAAUCUGGGAUUUAGAAGGGACAGAAGCUGUGAGUGCCUCAUCUACAAUCCAUUUAGAAGGGGACAUGACGAGGUUCCAGAGAAUGUCUUCAGUUGAUUCUUUCAAUCAGCGUUCACACCCCAAUGAGAUGCUCACUGGUCUGCGAUAUUUUGAAAGAGAGAAAAUUGCUACACUCACCAAAGACAGUAAGGAGGCCUUUUCGUGGGGCGCCGUCGACUACAACGCCUUCGCCAAGUGUUUACUCAUCCUUUGCUCCCAGAUAAAAGAAAUUCUUAAGAGUGAGCCAAGGCUUCUAUCUUUAAAGUCACCCACCUACAUCCUAGGAGAUAUCCAUGGCAACUACAGGGACUUAGUGUCCUUUGAGAAGUCCUUGUGGCGUAUGGGCCCACUUUUGACACCAGCUUCUUUCUUGUUCCUUGGAGACUAUGUGGACAGAGGAGAACAUGGCAUUGAGGUCGUGUCGUACUUAUUUGCUCAGAAACUCCUCUCUCCAAAUAAAUUCUAUCUACUUCGAGGCAACCAUGAAACUCGUAGCAUCCAGGAGGUUUUCAGCUUCAAACUUGAGUGUCUUACCAAAUUUGGUACUUCUGUUGGAGAAAAGAUCUGGGCAGCAAUUAAUGAAUGCUUUGAUUGUAUGCCGCUGUCUGCUGUCAUUGAUGGAAAGAUCUUCUGCACCCAUGGUGGGAUCCCAAGUCCUGUCCAUGGCAACGGCAAAAUGGAGAUCAUCAACAGCAUUCCUGUGCCCUUGCCCAACCCUGAAGAGGAAAGCCCUCUCGCCUGGGAACUCAUGUGGAACGAUCCAAUCGGACUGGACCAAAUCACACCGGAAAUGCUGCAAAGCCUGAAAGAAAAUCAAGGAUUUUCUCGAAACGUUCGCCGAGGAACGGCUCAUGUCUUCAGCUGUUCGGCACUAAAGGCUUUUCUCCACCGGAACAACUUGUCACACGUUAUCAGAGCUCAUGAAGUGCAACAAGUUGGAUUUCAGGUGCAACAGGAGGGGAAGCUGUUGACUGUGUUUUCUUCAUCAAGAUAUUGUGGUGGUUCCAACGAAGCCGCCUGUGUCUUGGCAGAUAAUUCUAAAUUAAGACUAAUUCGACUGGACACCAGCUGAGCAUCGACCCUUCCAGCAUACGACAGCUCAGUGACAACUAGUUUUACUGCUACCUGCAACUACCUGACCCCUAACCUCUUGCCUGCUCUCUGACAGUGUCACCAGUUCAAUCCCCACCCAGUCCAGCCUCUCAUACCCCUACAUUCCAAACCUACACAACACCAGUUCAAUACCCACCAUCUCCAACAUUUCAUACCCUACCCCAACAUUAUAACCCUGCCCAACAUGAGUUCAAUCCCCGCCAUUUGCAGCCUCUCAUACCACCUACAUUCUAAACCCACUCAACACCUUCCUAGUCUUUCCAACCCCUCAUACCCCAAAUAAUCUGCACCCUCUCAACACCAAAUAUAUCCAGAGCAGCUAAACAGAAAAAUAGCCCCAGAUGUAUUCCUCUGCGUCCCCAUCAACAUACAACACCAACAAAGCAGAGUGUACAGACUCCACCCAAGUCAUCAGCCAGCAUUGUAUGUCCCUGUCUCCUUAUACCUAUUCCAAACAGACAUGUCUGCCUCUCCAUCCAUGCCACACUCCUGCCACUAAGUUCUUCAUUCACAGAAAGUAAAUUCAUAUUUUUAAAAGUUUGUAUAAAAUAUUGGCAAAUAUUUUUUUCUAUGAAAGAUAGCAAAUUUUUCUCUUAAAUAAAACUUGAUAUAUA